AUGGAUCUGAUAUUUUCGCGCAGGAAAACUUCAGCGGACAAAAGCAGACAGAGAGGAACGUCCAGGCGACCGAGCACCGGCAACUUACACGGAAAGGCGAACGACACCCAACAACAAAAUGUUCAACGAGCCGAGAGAGUGUCGUCUACGCACAAUCUAGCCGAGCCGGCUGUUAAUACGCCGGUCAACAAAUCCGUGGACGUUUCCAUGCCGAAGACACGAUUCAGUUCCCAGGAUAGAAACAAGGAUGUCAAAUCGUCAUGUUCCCCGAGGCUGAAAUACUUCCCCAUAGAGAAAAUCAAAAAGUUGGAAACACCUCCGUCGUUCUGUCCCGAGCCGAUGGGCGCUUUGAUCGCUCAACAAGAUCCCAAUGAAUCUGGAAUCUUGUACAUGUCCAAGAGUCCGGAGAGAAAUCGCGACAGUGGCCAAGGUGACGCCACGGUUGUCGCUCAGCAUUUGCAUCAGCAUCAGUAUCACCAACAUCAACCGCAAAACAUGCACACAAUGAGCCAGCAACAGGUCACACCUCGGCAGGUAGUGCAUCAGAUCGGUCACGUGAAUCCGCACUCGGAGAGCGCUAUGCUGUCGCAACAAGUUCCGAACCUUCAGUCUCAUCGUCCUCACGUGCCUCACAGCGGCCGAGAAUUUUCUCCCCAGAAGAACGCUCAAUCGAUUUCCGCGAAUCCGGAAAAUCGUGGAGCUGCGACGUCUCAGCAGGCCGGUGGAAACAUGUCCGAGCAAAUGAUGGAGCAAGGAACCGUGAAGACCGAGAAGAGCUCGCCGGGCGUCGAGGAAGAUACGUACGAGAGACAGCCCGUGGGAGGUCGAAACGCGGCGCUUUACAGGCAACUGGUGAUGAACAACAGGCAACAACAGGGUCAGCACAGUCCCCCGUUCCCUGGCGACGGUUCGAUGGCGAUGAAUCAAUUCGCCGUGUUGGCCAACCAGGCAAACGUUAACAAUCCCCACGGUUAUAAUCACGUUCUGACGUGCGCCAAUCUUCAAAAUCCUCAAAACUCUCCGCAGAAUCCGCAGAGCGUGCAGAAUCCUCAGCAACUUUAUCAGCAGAUGCAGCAGAAUAUGGCGCAGCAGCAGCAGAUGCAGCAAAGGGCGAUGAACUAUCAGAUGCAAAUGAUGAGGAAUCAAAGAUGCCAGACGGCACCUCCCAAUUAUGGGAUGACUUCACCCCAGGACGCGACCGCGACUCAGAUGAGAAAUUUGAGAAUGAUGGGACAGAUGCAACCUAAUUACCCCGUACAGGACCACAGCACCGUUAACGCCGCCAAUGGAUUGUACAGGAAUAGCAAUAAUAACAGCAACAAUAAUAAUAGUAAUCAGUUGGCCGAGUAUUCCAGCGUCAAGGCACAGUUGAAAUCUUACAACGUGGACGUGGUGAACGGCAAUCAGACGUUGUACAGGCCGCAGAAUCAACAACAACAACAACUGCAGCAGCAGCAGCAGCAGCAGUUCAUUCACUAUCAACCGGAUACAAUCGCGUAUCAACAACAAAUGCAGCCUCAACAGAUGCAGCAAAUGCAAGCGCAACAGAUACCGUUUCAACAACAGUUGUACAGGAAUCCGAUGAUACAGGGACACCAGAACGCGAUGGUCUACAAUCAAGCAGGGUAUAAUCAGCAGAUGAAUCCCGGACAACAGAUUAUACCGAUUCAGCAGCAACAUUUGGAGAACAAUCCGGAGAGAAUGCAAGAUCAGCACGGGAGGAAAAGGGGGUUGAAGUUCACGCAUGGAAUGAUACGCGACCAAGAAAAAUUGUUGGCCACGAUGAAGCAGCAAAGAGUGCCGAUAGAUAUAAUGAAGAGGCAAUUCGAAACGUUGUUGAACGAGCAACGAAAGCAUUUGGAGUAUCUGGAGCAGCAGGAGAACAUAUUGGACGAGACGAAGCCCAUGGUGGUGACACGGAAGAGGAAGCAGCAAGACGAGAAGCCCGAAUGGAUGAUUCAUUUAACACCCCCGAGAUUAUCUUAUCUGGAAAUAGAGAGAAUGCAAGAGCAACGAAGAAAGGAACGGGAAUCUCGCGAAAUAGAGAUGAUGCAACAGCAACAACAACAACAGCACCAGCACCAGCAACAGCAACAUCACCAGCACCAACAACAGCAACAUCACCAGCACCAACAACAGCAACAUCACCAGCAUCAACAACAGCAACAUCACCAACAACAGCAUCAACAGCAGAACCAGCACCAGCACCAACACCAACAACAGCAACAGCAUCAACAAUAUCAGACGAUGGACGAAAUGUCGCAUCAACAGGUUCCCGUACAGGCCAUCAAUCAGCAAAAUUAUCAGCAUUAUCGGCAACAGGCUAAUUGGCAACAGCAACAGAGAACUUCGAGGCAAUAUAACAGUGCUCGACCUUAUGCUGUUCCAGGUCCCGGCAACGUGAACGAAUCGAUAAAGACGAUGAAAUAUCAACAACAAAACGUGCCCCAUCAGUAUCAUCAGUACCAACAAUCGUAUCAACAUCAUCAGCAACCUUAUCAACACGCUCACCAGCAUCUUCAUCAACAGUCUCAUCAGGAAUAUUACAAUCCCCAACAGUAUCAACAGUAUCAGCAGUAUUAUCAGACUCUUGCUGCCCAACAACAGAAUCGCGAACACGUUCAACCGUCCGAACAAUUGGCCGUGUACGAGGAUCAAAGGCCGUCCACGGAGCCGUCCAGUUUGUUGAAGAUACGCAGAUACAGGAACGAGAUCCGGCCUCAGAGGCGAAACAACGGAUUGCAGGAGCCUGAGAUGGCGAAGAGGCAAUUGGAGGAGUUUAGAAUAUCGGCGGAAAUCAGGAAGGGAUUGGAAUACAUAGCCAAUAUGGCCCCUAAGAAACGGGUGGCGAGAUUGAACGGGAUGCAAGAGAGCAACGAGUUGGACUCGCAGUUUCAGCAACGUUUGAUCACGUCGGCGUUGCCCCAAUCCGUUCAAAGAAUAUCCGCCAACGGUUUGGAGAACAGUAGGAAUCCGAACAACCCGCCGAUCCAACGAUUGUCCAACUUGAAGAAGAUGGAACACGAGUAUUUGAGGGAGUAUCCCAGGCAGAAGCAGACGAAUCCGAGGACGUGUUACAGCGUCCCGGCCGAAAGGGAGAAUGGCUCGAUGGCCAUGGAUCAGCAACAACAAUUGCAACAGUUCCAACACCAGAUCAUCUCCCAACAACAAUUCCCUGUUGCGCAGAACACGAGCAAAUCUUACAACGAAAGGAAUCAACAAUUGUUGCCACGAACGAACUCGACGUCGUACAGAUUCGACGCGAAUUAUCCUCAACAUUAUCAACAGAUGCAGCAAUAUUAUCAAAAUUCAAAAAAUUUGGCUAGGAAUCACGGGGAGGGCGAUAUGGGAUCGACUCAAAGAAUAGAGCAGAACAAGGGGAAUUUCGAUCACGCGGGCGGUGACGCGAGCGAAAAUAUGAAUAACGGGGCGAUGCAUGGACAGGUGGCGGAUGGGAAGAUACCGUAUCAAAGGAUAUAUUACAGCCAGCCGGAUAUUCACGAGUCGAGAACAAUCGGGGGUGUGAGAUAUUUGGCCAGGAAACAGGAUUACAUGCCCAAUCAGUAGCGGAUCAUGACGAAAUGAAAAUUUUAAAUGAUUUGACAAACUUCUUUUCUUUUCUUUUUUACAUCGUUUUAUUUUUUUGUAGUUUUGUUUUGAUUGGCACGUCUUUUGUGCAUUUUUUUAGAAGAACUUUUUAUUGUCUUUGUAUGUGAUUUUUUAAUUAUUUUGUAGCGAACCCGCUCCUUUGAAUCAACGAGUCAUUUUAUUCUGUGACUCUGCUUGAUUUCAAUGGGAUGUGGUUUGGAUUUUUAUGAAUUUUUGAGAAUAAAAUGUUUUUAAU